AGUUGUGCUCACUCUCAGAAAGGGUCCAAAAAAUGGACCUAGCUGAUAUAAUUGCCAACACGGCAACACGUAAGGAACCGUCCAAGAAAUCGACCUGAGAAUGCCCAACACGCAAGGGGCAAAUUGGUCAUAAAGCCCAAAGGAUAUCGUUCGCAAACUCAAGCAUCGAGUGGUGGGCAGAAACAAAUCCUUCCACAAGACCACAAUACUUCGCAGAGCAAGAGCAGCGUAGCAAGGAUUAAGAGGAGAUGCUUAAUCUUCACACCGUUAGGACGUCCCUUCCCUCGCUUCACAGAUCCUCCCCAUAUCGACGUGCGCUGCUAAAUAGGAAGAGAUCUUCUAUAUGCGCCUGCAAAUCUGAAGAUGAUGGAUCCGAUGCUUCGUCGUCGCUUGGCGGAGACAAACGCCAGCAGGAGGUCCUUGCAAAGAUCGCAAUGCUUCAGGCGCAGAAGGUUCGCAUCACAAACUUCUUGGACGAGCGCUCUGCUUACCUGACCAAGUUCGCGAAGGAUGCCGACAGCGAGUUCGAUCUGAUCGGCCAGAACGCCAUGAAAGAGCUUGAUGAAGUUGGGGACCAGAUAAUGGAGAGGCUGGACAGCAAGAUGCAGGCAUUUGAGGAAACUGCUGAAGUCCAAAGGCAGGAGAUAGAAAUGAAUGAAAGGGUGCUUGAAGACUUUGAAGAUUGGAUUGAGAAGGAGAAAAACGAAGGAAUGUUCUUCAAAAGCCUUGGGAAGGUGAAGCCUCGCAACAAAAAGGAGCUCACAGUCAAACCGACACCCAAGCUAGAAGCACAAAAGGUCAAAGAGAUUGCAAAAGAAAGUGCAGGAUCAAAAACUAGGAUGAACAUUUACCUUGGACUCAUGGCAAUACUCGGGCUUACAAUUGCAAACGCUGUCUUCGCAACACCUGAGGUGGAGUGGAGGAAAGUUGCAGCGCUGGUUCUAAUAUUCAUUGGUUUGGUUGCUCAGGUCAUCUAUGAGCAGGAUAUCUCAUCACCAGAAGCUGAAAAGAAGGGAGGGGAAGAAAAAUGAAUGAAGACUUAAAAAGAGAUAUUCAUCAAAAAGUAGCAGUAUAUUUUAAUCAACAUUUUCACUAGCAAUGUAAAGUGUAUAAAGUUCAAAUGGAAUAUAGUCUUUUAGAGUCCGAGAAUUUA